GGUCAACCGGGUGCGUAGCAAGGCAAGCGCCUGCGCGGGAAGAACACGUCGGUGGGCGGGGGGAAACUGCUGUCAAGCGGCAACACCCACUCUAGUCCGUAGUCGCGGAAGUGGGUCUCGGUGGCGUCGCGUGCGGCUCCUCUGCCCCCCCACCCCCCUUCGCAGCCGCUGUGCUGCCUGAAUCCCGGCGGACUGAGGCGCGGCGAUCGACCCUAGAAGUGCAAGCAGGCAGAUGCAGGUAAUUGCCUCAUGGCCACAAUUAACCAUUGGGAUGAACAUCAUUCAUCCAGCAUUGUGUAACGUGGACCGGCAUUUUAGUGAACUUAGUGUAUGCAACGGUUGCUGGAGUAACAUCCCUGGUGGCUGAACUCUUCUGACCACAACAGUGAUGAUAGCAGUAGAGAUAUCUUCAGCAAUGUUAUCCCUUGAUUGAAGAGAUCAACUGUAUUUCAAAACUUACAGAAACCUUUGUCAAUUCUACACAAUUCAACAGUAUUUGACGUGAUUUCUUUUUGUCAUCGGUAUGAAGAGGAUCAAGGAGACAGUUAAAUAUGAAAAUCCCAUUCUUCAAACACUAGAAAGCAAAAAAAAGCAAAAAACUGGUUUUUAUAGCUCAAUGUUUGCUGCAUCUCAUUCUUUCAACUUGAUUGACUGGGGAAACCUGCCCAUCCAUGUAGUAUUGCAAAUCUUUCAGUAUCUGCCUCUUGUUGAUCGUGCUCGAGCCUCUUCAGUUUGCCGGAGAUGGAAUGAAGUAUUUCAUAUCCCUGAUCUUUGGAGAAAGUUUGAAUUUGAACUGAAUCAGCCUGCUACGUCUUACUUGAAGUCUACUCAUCCCGAUCUUAUUCAGCAGAUUAUCAAGAGACAUGCUAAUCAUUUGCAGUAUGUAAGCUUCAAGGUUGAUAGUAGUACCGAGUCUGCAGAAGCAGCAUGUGAUAUUCUUUCUCAGCUGGUGAAUUGUUCUAUCAAGACACUUGGCUUAAUUUCAACAGCAAAGCCAAGUUUUAUGGAUGUUUCUAAGGCUCAUUUUGUAUCAGCGCUGACAGUAGUGUUCAUCAAUUCCAAGUCAUUAUCUUCCAUUAAGAUUGAAGAUACACCAGUAGAUGAUCCAUCCUUGAAGGUCCUUGUUGCUAACAAUAGUGACACUUUAAAAUUGCUUAAAAUGAGCAGCUGCCCUCAUGUGUCACCUGCUGGAAUUCUUUGUGUUGCUGACCAGUGUCACGGCCUUAGGGAGUUGGCUCUUAACUACCAUCUACUAAGUGACGAACUGUUGCUGGCUCUUUCAAGUGAGAAGCAUGUUAACCUGGAACAUCUCCGUAUAGAUGUUGUAAGCGAGAAUCCUGGACAGACUGAAUUUCACACCAUCAAAAAGCAAAGCUGGGAUGCACUGAUUAAGCAUUCCCCUAAAGUCAACAUUGUGAUGUACUUCUUCCUAUAUGAGGAAGAGUUUGAUGUAUUCUUCAGAGAGGAAACGCCUGUAACUCAUCUUUACUUUGGCCGUGCAGUAAGUAAAUCAAUGCUUGGCCGCAUUGGAUUGAACUGCCCAAGGCUUAUUGAAUUGGUUGUCUGUGCUAAUGGUCUUCAGCCUUUGGAUGAUGAACUCAUUCGCAUUGCUGAACGUUGUAAGAAUUUAACUGCCAUGGGACUUGGUGAAUGUGAAGUUACCUGUCGAGGCUUUAUUGAAUUUGUAAAGAUGUGUGGAGGCAGACUCACACAACUAUCCAUUAUGGAAGAAGUGCUCAUUCCAGAUAGUGACUAUAAUCUGGAUCAAAUUCAUUCUGAAGUUUCCAAACAUCUUGGAAGAAUGUGGUUCCCUGAUAUGAUGCCUACUUGGUAAACUGAUCAAGCCAUAAGACUAUACUAGUCAGACCUGGCUAUACAGGAUGUUGAUUUCUAUGCAAAUAAGGAAUUCUGAAGCUGAGAUGUACGUAACUAUGUAGUGGCAAUAACAUGCCCCUUGAGAAAUGGAAUAUGGUCUUUGCUGAAGUAUAUAGAUUGAAAGUACAUCUCUUAAAUAUUAAGUGCUUAGAGUAUUCUCCAAUUAAUUAGAAUAAUUUAAAAUUAUGUCUUCAAUUGUCACGGACAUCAUCUAGUGCAAAGUACUACAGUGCUAGUAUUGUAUCUGAUACAAUUGGAUUUCUUUGGUGUCCUAAAUUUUAAACUAAAGCUUGUUUUUCCUUUUCCUCUAAUGAAAACUGAUGGUAAUGUACAAACUUGUAAAAAGCAGCAGAAACACUAUUAGAAUUGUGGCAAAUGUAUGACUGUGCUACAAAAGCUAGUGUUAUAAAAAUCUGCCUAAACAUUCUGUAUAACAAUAAUAAUCUGCUUCUUGGCUGCAAAUUGCAGGAAUGUAAAACUCCAGAUAUUGGGGUUCUGUUACUGACAUGUCAGUGGAAGAGAAGUAUAGUUCUGAGAAUUAAGAGUUCAGAAUAAAGGGAAGAGUCUGUAUCCACUGCUGAACUUCUUAAAUUUCAAAUAUUGUAAUUUGCCUUACCGAAUUACUGAAAGUAACAAGUUAUUGUUAAAUGAAAAAAAUAUACUUGAACAAUUCUCUAAAGUUCAGAUAAAGCUAUCAGGAUGUAACAUUCUGCAUUAUGGAAAGAUAUAGUAAUUUAAUUGUUAGUGUUUAAAACAAUCCCAAGUAAAGUCAUCUCACCAAUUUUUUUCAGUGAGCAGUUUUGUAAUAACCAGAUCAUAAUGCUGUGUAUAAAAUAAUGUCAGAAUGUUGAUGUACAUGUACAAAAAUAAAAAAGUCUAUGACAUUAAUG